AUGUCCGAACCACCAUCAUCUCUACCGCAACCUCCUCCCAGCACACAGCCUGCUCCUCCAUCCUCAUCAACACCGCAGCCAGACUCAAACCCUCAGUCCUUCUCUGACGCUACUGUCGUUCCAAAAACCGAACCAGACUCCUCAGAUCCUGUCGCGCUAGACACCUCCAUAGAGCAAGAAGCCGACACCAUGGCCAACAAGGACUCCGCCGCCGCCGCCCAGGAUGCGGGCGCAGCAACAGAAGAAGGGGAUAUUGGAAAUCCCGUACAAGCGACUUCCUCUGAUGCAGCAGCGACAUCGAAGAAGGAAACCAGCCUGCGCGAGUUCCUAGGGAAGAUGGACGAUUAUGCGCCUAUUAUUCCUGAUGCAGUAACAGCCCACUACCUCACACUCGCCGGCCUCCCACCACCAGGAAACGGACCGAACCAAACGCCGCCUCACCUCGCGCGGCUCCUAGCCCUCGCAACGCAGAAAUUCAUCGCCGAUAUUUCCGCGGACUCAUACCAAUACGCGCGCAUCCGGGCCUCAAACUCCUCGUCCGCGAGUAACCCCAUGGGCAGUCUAAACGCGGCUUCUGGUCUCGGUAUGCCCGCUGGCGGUGCGGCAGGCGGUGCCGGAGCUGGUGGCGGUGGAGGCGGUGGAGGAGAAAAGGGAGGGAAAGCAGGUACGCAUUUGGGGAUCCAGAGGCCUGGGUUUGGAGGUGGUGGCUCUGGAGGGUCUGGACAGGGGAGGACGGUUCUUACGAUGGAGGAUUUGGGGAUGGCGGUCUCGGAAUAUGGGGUCAGUGUUAAGAGGGGGGAAUUCUAUCGGUGA